ACAUUUAACUACUUGAUGAAUCUCGAUCCCUUGACAAUGACAUGCCCAGUCUUGACUUGAUAUCAGGAUGGCGGCAUCGUCGGCACUCGCAGUGCACCUUCUUCUGACCGGUCAGAGUGAUUUUGCUUGGGACGUGGUCAAUCAAGAGCAAUGCUGGUCAUCCUAUUUAGCGGCUGCGGCUCCCGCUCGCGAUGCCGAAACCUGGGCUGCCGGCAUGCGCGCCCGCGCCGCCCGGCUUGAAACUGUGGGCCAUUUGCACUUGGCGGUGUGUCACCUGCUGGCGGUCGGAGAUGUGUGGCCCGCAGUACAAACCUACAUGCGCCACGGCCUGCACCGUGACGCCCUGGCUUUGGCUCGCUGCCGCCUGGACCCGGCGGCAGAUCCCGUUUUUGGCCGCCUGCUACAGCAGCUGCUACAGCUCCGUGUGCAGCCCGACAGCGUGCUUCGACAGCACGAGCAACAAGGUGGAAGGCAGGAAGUCGCGACGCAGCCGCCGGGACAGCCCGCGCCUCAGGACGAUGAGGCCAAGCAUAGUGAUUUAGCGACUCAGCUGGCAGAGGGCAGCGGGGUGAACGGGCAGGGCGCGCCAGGCGCUUUCGUCCCUGACGACAGCCAGGUUGCAAAGGCGGCCGACGUCGGAAGUGCGCAGCCGCCGGCACACUUGGCUGCACCCACAGAGUCUUCAUCUGCGGUUGCUGCAGCUGCUCGAGACGGCGCCUGCCCACCGGCCAAGCGCCCGGUGGCAGGCGGCGGCACUGCCGGGGGGCAGCAGCAGCAACAACCGCCGCAGGCGCGGCCGGUGCCGGCUGAGGCGCUGGCAAUGCAACUGCUUUUGGUGGGUCGGCCGCUGCAGGCGGCACAAGCGCUCCAGUCGGCGGGUGGGGCGUCAGCACUCGCGACCGCGUCACUGCUAUGUGCACGGGCAGCAGCAGCGGCCGGCGCAGCCGCUUCUGUCGGAAGCGGAGUAGCACCGGAUGCGGCGGAGGCCGAGCCCAUGAACGACGAAGUUACACGAUUGAACUACAAGGCUACGCUGGCGCGGCUUGGCCGAGAGUGUGCAGUGGCGGCACUGCCGGCGCUGCUCAAACACGCGGUAAUGGACCUAGCAGCCAAACCAGACGCCAGCAGUAUUGAUGUGCACGGUAGCAACAGCAGCGGAGCAGAAGCUGCCGGCGCCAGCGGACGCACCGCGGCGGCGCGCGCCGCCGCGGUAACGGCUGCAUGCGGUACGGUGCAGGCUGCGGCGGCGGCCUGGGGCGGUGCUGAUCUGGAGGCGGCUCACUGUUGCGCUGGGCUGACGCGGGUGGUCCGGUCGGCGUUGCUGCACCCCGCAUGGAGGGCGGGCGGCCCGGGGGCUGUAAGCGGCGCUCCUCAGGCGCACAGUGGGCCAGUGGGCAGCGCAGCCGGCGAUGUCGGGGGCACGGCGAGCGCAGCCCGCCCCGCUGUUGCAGCAGCGGAGGCAGGACGUGACACAUCACGAGAAGCAGCGACAUCGGGGUCACCCCCGGGCUCGCAGCUUGCUGCAGCUGGCCCGCAGCAGGCCAGCCUUGCCAUCACCUUGUGUAAUUCCGGUGUCGACGCCGCUGGGGCUGGAGCUGGAGCUGGGGCCGGCGCACCGCCAGCCGCAGCCGCGGCCAGCAGCGGCACUGGCGGCGCUGGUAGUGGCGACGGCGCUGGUUAUGGUGGUGGCGAUGCCGGCGGGGCGUUGGGUGGCAAGGGGUACGACGACGGCAGUGACAACGAUGACGAGAUGGCGCUGCUGGCGGCGAACCUGGUGUACCUGGGGCGAAACACACACGCCGCCGCCCUGCCGCGGAGCGACCCGGGCCGGCGCAAGGUGGUCACGAUUGCCGCGCUCAAGCGACAACAGCAACAGCAACAGCAGCAGCAGCAGCAACAGCAGCAGCAGCAACCACCUGACGUACAGGGGCAGGGCCAAGCGCAGGAGGGUGUGAGAGGGGCGGAUGGGCACAGCACAGGUGCCAGUGGCUCCGCAGCAUCCACGUCGGAUCUGGCGCCCGGUCGGGGCCCAGCAAGCGCAGCCGUGUGCGGGCCACUGCCCGCCGAUGACGUUCUUGGAGCUAGGGCUCUGGCAGGGGUAGCCGUGGCAGCGUGGAAGGCGGCGCGUGCCGCGUGCCGGGCAGCGGCAAGAGGCGGCGCUGCUGUUGGCCAUGACUGUGCGGAUGAAGUUGGCGACGCACGGGCGGCGCUGGAGUCAGUGGCGGAAUCCGUCGAGGCGGCGAUAGGGGGGCCUCACGCCAAAGAGGCGAAGCGUGGCCGUAUCGGAGCGGCAGCCGCACAGGCGCCAGCCAUGCAGGCCGCUGCCAUCGCUGCUGGAGGGGGCACUAGUACCGGAGGCGGAGUGACCACAAUAGGCAUAGCGGCUGCCGCAGGUGCACCCCCUGAAGCCGGGGAGCGGCCGACGGCAGCAACCCCUCACGAUGGCGGCAUGGAUGCCGAGGCGGAGGCCGGCGCGGACGCCGAAGCCGAGGCAGAGGCUGACGACCUGGGGCCCGGCAGCAGCUCUGCAUCAGUGGCUGGCUCUGCGUCAGCAUCAGGGAAGAAGCCGGGUCGCCGCCAGACCUCAGCCGCUCGUGCGGCUGCCAAGGCCGCCGCAGCCGCAGGCGCCAUGGCUGCGGCGGCGCUGGCAGCGUCCCUGUGUCGCCUGGCGGCAUCUGCGGCUGCAAGCGCCGCGCCGGCGGCAGGCACAGGCUGCCCUCCCGCCUCCGAGGCGUCCGGCGAGCCGUCGCCAGAGGUGUUGGCGGCUGCCACGGAGGUGCUCGCUGCAGCGCGGCGGUACGCGCUGCUGCUACCACCACCUCCCCAGCCGCUUAGCGUGUUCUUGCCUGAGCCGUCGCCGCACCAGCAAGCGGGCAAGGCGCCCACGAAGGGGCCCACGGCAGGGCAGAAAGGAGCCGACAGCAAGGCAAAAGGCGGGCGCCAGGCGGCUCGCGGCGGCGCUGCUGGCAGCGGCGGUGGUGCGGCCAGCGGUGGGGGCAGCAGACGGAACGCUGGCGCCGGCGCUGCGGGCGACGGCACGCUGGGAUGUUACGAGGCUGAGCAGGUGCAGCUUGGGCCGGAGGCGUCAGACCCCUCUCACCCCCUACACGUGCUGUACCUGUUGCAGCUGCAGGAUGAGGGCUGGCAGGCAGCUCAGCGGCCGCGUCAAGCGGGGCCGAGCGAGCGAGAAGCGCGGGUGGCGGAGCAGCUGGGUGGCGACGAUGUGACACCGGUCCACCCGGAUCCGGAUUUCAGCCCAGCCAUGCCGUCCGGAAGCGCAGCGGCCGCACCACAUGGACCCGCGCUUUCGCUGCAGCAGCUGCGGCAGCUGGCGGCGCUCUCCGCUUCGGCGGCGGCUGCCUCGGAUGCGGCGGUGGCGGCACCCGCGACGCCUGCCCCCGACACGGAUACGGACGAGGCCCCGCCCCCGCCGCCACCUCCGCCGCCGCCUCCGCCGCCAUCUUUGCCUGCGGCAGAGCCCCCCUCCGGAGCUGACGGAGCCCAAUCGCAGUCGCAGCGCCAAGAGCCAGGUGCGGCUUCGGGGGAAGCUGCGCCACCGCGCCGCUCUCGCCGCGUCUACACACGGGGGCGCCUUGUGGCGCUCAGGCUGCGGUCAUUGCCGCGUAAGGGCUGCAAUGAAGGGCUGGUGCCGCUGGCUGAAGUCGUGCAAGCCGCGGGGCUUGAAGGGCUGGCGGAUCAUGGGGGUGCUUCUGGGUUGGGGAUCGAGGGUAAGGGAUCAGGGGCGUCAGCGGGCCUGGUCGUGAGUGCGGCGCUGGCAGCGGCUCUGUUGCAGCAGCAGGCGGCAGGACUGUUGCGAGCGGCGUAGAUUCAAAUCGCGUGAUGGAUAGUCGGUUCGGACGCAGUCCUGCUGAAAAGCGGUGUAGCUGUGAAGGUUUGUUUUUGCCUGCAUGGACUACAAGUUGUGCACCUGGCUGGCCCUUAACACAUUCAUCGUAACGUUGACACAUGCAGUAAUUCAGAUGACGCCCCACUUCACCUAUCG